AUCCAAAGAAGAGAGAGAGGAGACAGAAUUUUUAUAGGAAGACUUGGGAACUGUAUUUCUAUUUUGUCCAUCAUUCCUCCUCCCCCACUGUGAAGGCAGCAGUCCGAUUCCGAUCACUGGCGACUCUAACUUUGUACUCUCAUUCACUCGUUUUUACGUGGAUAUAUCGUCUGCUUCCCGAUUUCUGCAACUCAUAAAUCUCUCUUCUCGCUUCUUCCAUCUCGAAUCUUCAGUCAAUUUGUUAUCUGUGUAGAGAAACAUACGUCAGAAGUCGAGUUCUCCAUUCUUUCUGAUUUCAUGGUAAUUAAAAUUUGAAGCCCGAAAAUUUCUGCCUGUUUUGAGAAUUUUGAAUUUUUGCACUGUUCGUUUACGAUUCUAAUGCUGCUCCUUUGAAGUCCAACUUCUGCAUAAUCUGAUUUUUCUUUCAUUAUUUCUAUUUACCUUCGCCCCAAAAUCCCAUCUCAUAUGUUCAAAAGCCUUUUCUUUCUGGGUGUAAUCUUUGUAAAACACAAUUUAAAUCAUUGUUGAGCAUUGACCCAUAGCAGCUUUAUUCAUUUCUGCUAAAGAUUUAAAAAAAAAAAAAAAAAACUCUGUUCUUCUUCUUCCCAAGACCCAGGGCAUCUGUGGUGUAUAUACAAGCGUACCCAUCUCAUUCAAGCCAAAGAAAAAUCAUAAGAACCUUUGAUAAGAGUCAUCCCGGAGCUUCAGAGGCCAGCUGCAAGAGACCCAGUUCAUUAGGCCCUGCAGAGAUACAGAGAAACAAAACUCAAAACUGAGACCCCUUCUUUUCCGGAAAGAAAUGCAAGAUCCGUACACGUUUCAAUCGCUGAAGCCCCAUUUUGCGGAGCAAGAGCAGCUCAAAUGUCCUCGUUGUGAGUCAACAAACACCAAAUUCUGUUAUUACAACAAUUACAAUCUUUCCCAACCUCGCCAUUUCUGCAAGAAUUGUAGGCGCUAUUGGACUAAGGGCGGUGCCCUCCGAAACAUCCCGGUUGGCGGUGGCAGCCGCAAGAACACGAAGCGUUCGUCCAACCCCAAACGUGUUUUGUCGUCAUCAUCAUCAUCGUCCUUGUCUUCGUCAACCCAGAAUGCAGUCCCUAAGCCGGAGCCCAGUGGAAUUUUCAGCCUACCAGUGACCACGAUCGAUCAGGACCGUCGGAUGCUCGAUAUCACAGGGAGUUUCAGCUCUCUGUUGGCCUCAAAUGGACAAUUUGGUAAUCUGCUGGAGGGUCUGAAUCCUUGCAGUUCUGGUGCUCGAACGUUGCAACUCGGAGAAUUUGCAGAGAAUUCCAAUUCCACUUCAAUUAGAAACUCCGCAAUAGAGUUGCAGGCCAACAACAAUGCCGAGAGCUUCUUGGCCAGCAUUCAGGGCGGCGAUUCCAGCUGUUGGAGUAGUGGAAAUGGAUGGCCUGAUCUCGCCAUUUACACACCAGGUUCGACAUUUCAGUAGGAGGAGAAGAAAAAUAGAAGAUAAAAAAGAUAAUUUUUUUUUUUGCUCUUUUUUAUCUUUAUUUUCAAUCGUCUCCCUUUCAUUUUGGUGGAGUUGAUCUGCAAAUCUAAUAGCAUACUUAGCAGAAAUAUGGUAAUGAAGAUUGAAGAGAUGAACAGAAAUAACUCUAGCGUAUGUUAGCAUUUUCCGAUGCCCUCCAGGGCUCUAACACUAGAAGCGUCUUAUUCGUGUUCACCGUUUCUUUGUGAUAUUUGUGUGGGGUUUGUUUGUUGGUUUGCUUGUAUCAUUGUCUGUGGCAAAAAAGAAAGGGAUUAUUCUGGGAAUGUCUUUUCUUCUCUUCUGUAAGGAGCUAGAAACGAGUUAUUGUGGAUUACUACAUUUAGAAUACUGAUAUCAUGCUUGUGGAUGAUGGAUAUGUGAAUGCGAUUCCGUUGAUUGGAUCUGAGAUAAUUGAUCGCUGGAAUUCAUGAAUUGUGCAAGGAUUUGAUGUUUGUUUAUACCAAGUUAAGAUAACCAGACAAAACACUUUACUUU